AUGGAGCCAGGUCGUAUGAAUCCCCAAGUCGCUACCACAGUCAGCACACAACACCGCCCUCACUUAGGAUCGAACUAUUUACAAACAACAGUGAAGAACAAACACUCACAACAGUCGGUGAGGCGCGUGGGAGACCAGCCCGGAGCAGACCGGCGACACUUGAACAUCAUCAUUAUAUAUGUUGUAGAUUGUAAUAAUGUAGUAUCGGGGUAUCGACGGAGUCGCGGGAAUAUAUACAGCGGCACGAGGAGACGAUUUAGAGGAGUGAUGAGGGAGACCGGGACAGAUAACGUGGACCGAGGGAGGCUGCAUGAAGACGUGACUCAUAAACACUUUUCUUAA